UAAAUAUGAUAGUUAGCUCACAUUUCCUCUAAGCAAAACAUUAUUUGCUUCAAGAGAAAAGGCAAGAGCAACAAGAAACAGAUAAUCAUGAACUCAACCACAAUAGAUAUUCCAACGGAAGGCCAAACUGUGCUUAACCAGAAGAAGAAAUUUAACUUUCAUACUUAUGUUUCCUCUCUUUUGGAAAAGGCAUGCAUGGAUGACAUAAAAAAGGUUAUUCACAGUAUCAAGCUUGGAAUUGCUCUGGUUUUGGUUUCACUUCUCUAUUUACUUGAUCCACUCUUCAAGCAAGUCGGGGAAAAUGCCAUGUGGGCGAUCAUGACAGUUGUGGUUGUCUUUGAGUUCUAUGCAGGCGCUACACUUAGCAAGGGAUUAAAUCGUGGUGCUGGAACUAUUUUAGGAGGUGGAUUAGGGUGCUUAGCAGCAAUUUUAGCUGAUGAAUUUGGUGCAACUGGCAAUGCUAUAGUUGUUGGAACUUCCGUCUUCCUCUUUGGUGCAACUGCAACAUACCUCAGAAUGAUUCCAAAAAUCAAAAGAAGAUAUGACUAUGGGGCUAUGAUCUUCAUUCUUACCUUCAGUCUGGUGGUUGUGUCUGGUGUUCGAGCUGAUAAAGUCAUGGCAUUGGCCCGUGAACGACUCUCUACAAUUGGUAUGGGUUUCUUCGUCUGCCUAUUCACCAACUUACUGAUCUUUCCCAUGUGGGCUAGUGAUGAGCUACACGAAUCUACAGCAUCCAAGUUUGGAAAACUCGCUGGUUGUAUAGAAGGAUGCUUGGAGAACUACUUUAAGAUAAUUGGAGAGAAUGAAAAGCAGCCAAGUGCUAAUGUAGGCAGUUGCAAGUCAGCAUUAUACUCAAAAUCAACUGAAGAGUCCCUGGCCAAUUUUGCAAAGUGGGAACCGAGGCAUGGAAAAUUUGGCUUUCAUUAUCCUUGGGAAAAGUAUCUGCGCAUAGGAGAAGCUCUUAGAGAUCUUUCUGCGACCAUUAUUUGUUUGAAAGGAUGUGUUGAAUCUCCCAAACAGCCAUCAUCGACAACAAGACAAGAACUUAAAGAGCCAUGCAAGAUUGUUGGAUCAAAACUUGUGCAGAUUUUGAGAGAGCUGGGUGAAAGCAUCAUUAAAAUGAAGAGGUGCCAUGCAACAAUCUUGAUGUUGCCAAAGCUGCAGACCCUGAGAAUGGAAUUAAGCCUCCUAAAAUCUCCAAAGCUAGAGGAACUAGAUACAGGUGAAAGUAUCGCCAUUGCAAGUUUUAUGUUUUUGUUGAUGGAGAUAGUGGACAAAGUGGAAGUAUUAGCGAAAGAGGUGGAAGAACUAGGAAAGAUGGCUAAUUUCAGCAUCAAAUAAGAAUUGCAGUCGGUGCUGUAUAUAUAAACUCUAAUAUGCAUGAACAUAUAACCUUGGCAGUCAA